AACUAAAAACAUAGUAUAAACGAAAGCUACAUUCUCUCAAAAUAAAAUAUAAACAAACGAGUUGAAGGUUGAAGAAAAUAAAAAAUAGAAGCCGUUCGAUAACUGAGAACCAAUUGAAGUGAAACCCUAAGAUGGAAUCACACGGUGCCGGACCACUCCGUUCCCGGAGUUCCCAGUCCGCUUCACCUUCCCACUCCGCCUCUGCCUCCGCCACCUCCUCCAUCCGCAAACGCAAACUCGUAUCCGAAGAUCACGCGCCUCCAUUUCCACCUUCUUCUUUAUCCGCCGACACGCGCGACGGCGCACUUACCUCCAAUGACGACCUAGAAAGCAUUUCCGCCCGUGGUGCCGACUCUGAUUCCGACGAGGACUCAGAGGAUGCGGUUGUUGACGACGACGAAGACGAGUACGACAAUGAUAACGGUUCCUCCAUGCGGAAUUUCACCGCUUCCAGGCUCAACAAUGCUCCCGCUGCUCCCCGCAAUAGUAAGCUCAAAACUGAAAACUCCACUGUUAAGAUCGAACAGUCCGAUGUGACUAAAGAUUCUGGACCUUCUGUUCCCGGUGCUGCUCCCGGCGCCGGUUCUGUCCCCGGCAUUGUGGUUAAGGAGGAUGCAACGAAGAUAUUCACUGAAAAUUUGCAGACCAGUGGUGCUUACAGUGCCAGGGAAGAGAGUCUCAAGAAAGAGGAAGAAACUGGAAAACUCAAAUUUGCAUGCCUUUCUAAUGAUGGUGUCGACGAGCAUAUGGUUUGGUUGAUAGGAUUGAAGAAUAUAUUUGCUAGACAACUUCCCAAUAUGCCCAAGGAGUACAUUGUCCGACUUGUUAUGGAUAGGAGCCAUAAGUCUGUAAUGGUUAUAAGGCGUAAUCACGUUGUUGGAGGCAUUACAUAUCGUCCAUAUGCAAGCCAGAGGUUCGGUGAGAUAGCCUUUUGUGCGAUUACAGCUGAUGAACAAGUAAAAGGAUAUGGGACCAGAUUGAUGAAUCACUUAAAACAGUAUGCACGUGAUGUAGAUGGGCUGACACAUUUUCUCACAUAUGCUGACAAUAAUGCUGUUGGCUAUUUUAUCAAACAGGGAUUUACAAAAGAGAUUUUCUUGGAGAAAGAUCGAUGGCAAGGUUACAUAAAGGAUUAUGAUGGGGGAAUUCUCAUGGAGUGUAAGAUUGAUCCAAAGCUUCCUUACACUGAUUUAUCAACUAUGAUCCGUCGUCAAAGACAGGCAAUAGAUGAAAAGAUUAGAGAACUGUCGAACUGUCACAUUGUUUAUGCUGGAAUUGAUUUUCAGAAGAAAGAAGCUGGUAUUCCUAAAAAAAUUGUUGAUGACAUCCCUGGUUUGAGAGAGGCUGGAUGGACUCCUGAUCAGUGGGGUCAUUCGCGGUUCAGAACUUUAGGGGGUUCUACUGACAAUGCUGCAAACCUGAAACAUUUAACCGCGUUUAUGCGUUCACUUCUCAAGCAGUCAUUGCUUGAUCACGCUGAUGCUUGGCCAUUCAAAGAACCCGUUGAUCCACGGGACGUUCCUGAUUACUAUGAGAUCAUCAAGGAUCCAAUGGAUCUGAAGACAAUGAGUAAGAGGGUGGAAUCAGAACAAUAUUACGUGACAUUUGAGAUGUUUGUUGAGGAUGUGAGAAGAAUGUUUGGGAAUGCACGCACCUAUAAUUCUCCAGAAACCAUAUAUUACAAAUGUGCUACAAGGCAUGAAGCUCACUUUCAAAGCAAAGUAACAUCCGUCCUCCAGUCUGGCACCAAAAUUCAGUAGGGACAUUUCAACAGCCCUGCAUACUGCUGCAUUAGAUAUAUUUUUUUGAUAGUCAUUUUCCAUACAAAUCAUUAAGCUGCGUAAAUAGUAGUUUCAACCUGUACCAAUAUCUUGUUCUAAUGAGUGGCAAUUCUUGACUGAUACUUUUGUGUGUGCUAUAUUUAUAAUAAGUAAUAACAUUUAGUGGUAGUAUUGUUAUAGACUCUUCAAUUUUGUAACUUUGUAACUGUUACUAAAUUAUUAGAAGAGUUAGUGAGUAGUGAGUAAUUAUUAUAAUAAUUAUAUUAUUAAUUUAAAGUGUUUAAGUUUAGAAUAAAUAGGGGAAGACAUUGGGGGAGUUAAUCAUCGUGAAGUUUGAUAGGAAAAGGGGUAAUUUUGGCAUUGGGAGGUGCAGACCCUCUAAGUUUUGCUAUUUAAUGUGUAAUUCAAAGGAAUUCUCCCUAUUUUAUUUAAUAUGUCAGUUGGUAUCUAAGUUGCUAUUUAAUGUGUAAUUCAAAGGAAUUCUCCCUAUUUUAUUUAAUAUGUCAGUUGGUAUCUAUCAUAUUGCUCCUCUUACCUGCGUGGGUUCGAACAUUAAUAGAUUAAUAAUACAGUAACCUGAAAUAGAAAGUAGCAACUAUUGGGAUUGAUCAUUGAAUGAUCCGCUCGCAAAAUAACAAUAUUUAGGAAAAUUUGUAAUUUGUAAUAUAUAGAUUAACACUCUUAUACAAUGUAUAUCUACUUAAUAAAUUGAAUUAAGGGGUGCCAUGGCACAUCCUCGACAUAGAGAAAGUCUGUCCCUCUGCUCAUCUUAUUAGUUUGCCACGUUAUUGUCUCUUACUGAGUGAAUCACACCUUUAAAAAUGCUUUAGGAAUUUUUGAAGAUGUAUAACCGAAUGU